CUACUACCCCGAAUUCGCACUGUGUUUUAUCGACAACCACCUGCACAUGCGCCACAAUAGCCCCUGAUGUAGGAGGCACAUGCACCCCGACAACUUGUGCCAAUGAUGGUGAAUGCACAACAUUAGACGCCAAUUCUAAAUGUACCGCCGGUUCGUGUACGUGUACGGAUUCAUACUAUCUCGACGGCGCUGACGAUGUGGCGACAUGUGUUGCCAAAGCUGUCGGCGCAACUUGCGCAUUGGGAGAGUGUUCCGUUACACCUGGCCAAGUAUGCGACAAUACAUUGGCCAGUCCGGUGUGCGCAUGUGCCCUCGGUUAUAAGGAUUCCAGCGGCACCUGCACUGCUAAUGUGGAGGGGGACACAUGUACAAAAGAUGGGUAUGAAUGCAUCGCUGCUGGAUCUGCCUUCUGCGAUACUUCAGGGACGACAUCCGUAUGUGCCGUGUCCCAACGGCGAUGGCGACUGUACAACGCUGGACCCCAACUCUGUGUGCGAUGCAACAACUACUAAAUGUGCCUGUAAAGCGACCUAUGGCAUAUCUCCAGGUGGAAUAAGCGGCGACUGUCAGCCAGGUGUUGGUGCUACCUGUACGGCAUCAGGAAGUGAAUGUCAGUACCUGCUGGGAGGAUAUUGUGAAACAACAGUCUGCGCUUGUGCCGAUAUAAUGCAGGCUAUUGGAACUAUGUGUGAAACCAAAAGCUGUACUGCGGAUACAACCUGUACAACACUUGACGCUAACUCGGAGUGCAUGAAGGACAUAUGUGUGUGCAAAUCAGGCUACGCACUUGAUGGGACAUCAAAAUCGUGUGUUGCGACAGGCAGCAGCAAUGCGAUCACGGCAUCGAUCGCUGUCAUGCUGAUGAGCCUGCUAGUCAGUGUUCUACAGCAUUAA